CGUGCAGUGUGUGAUUUACGGUCUCGCCGGUCGCCAACCUGCAACCGCCGUCGUCGCCGUCGUCGUCGUCGUCCGGGUCCGCGUGGUCCGAGUGUGUGCGCGCGCGCCGUGUGUUCAAAAUUUUGCGCGGAACCUUUUUUUUUUUCGUCUACUCCUCAAGUGCGUACUUUGCAAAGGACGUGGCCCGAGAGAUCCUCUGUUAACGCGGACGCUGCACUUAGUAUAAUUAUAUAAAUAUAUACUUACACGAUACGAUAGUGUCGGGCACGACGUAAGAUAAUAAAUAUAUAUUUUUUUUAAAUUUAAUUUUAUCCGAGUUUUGGAUUACACUCGACGCCUUGUCUGAAACGCACGCACCAUCUUCUGGUUCACGCUCACCGGUCAUGUGGAACAAAUCGUCAGGCGUAAAAACGUUUAAUCAACGUGACUGUCAGCCAUCAUACACAUAUUUGCUGCAGACGCGGUUUAAUGGAUAUCGACGCGCAUAAUUCAGACGACCCAAGUCGGUGCACGAUGUACCAAAUUGAAUUGUCGCCGUCUCGUUCUGUGAUUACAAACGACAGUCGUUCGCACGUCGGAUCGGACACGCGUGUUUCCGCGUUGAAAAUGUGAUUGGGUGCACGACCAACAGGUGGAAUACUGUUUGGACCGAAAUUCGAUUUCACAAUAUUAUGGACGUUGCGUCCACCGAUUACCUAAAGACUGCACUGUAUUCGGGAGACAACGGCCCUGACACGGGUAACCGAGACAGCCUCCGACUAAUGGAGCUUGGGCUCCACCUGGAGACCCUUCACGACGGAUCGCAUCGGAUCAACACGUCUGUGGAUCAUCUGCUGAACGACCCGUCUCUGUCAGAGAGGAACAACAACGAGUUCACAUUCGCCAACAACAACAAUAACAACAGCAACAACAACAACAACAACAGUUUCGAGACGAUCAUUAGCGGCGACCACGGCUUCGACUUGGACUGCACGCCCAGCUCGUUCAACGACAAGUCUGACAUAGUAGACCAAUGGCGGACGUUAAACACGGACGGUGCCAUCUACACGGUGGAGGUGGUGAACAACUCGGAUGGUGGCGUCGGCGAACCACUGUGGUGCAUGCCCGCGCUCACCGAACACCACCAGGACACCAACGCGGUGAGCAACUUCGACGAGACGCUGUUGUCGAUGAACGGCACCGAUUCCGCGGACCCGGUGGGCUCUGGCAGGUACAUCAAACAGGAACCUUUGCGGGAGUACAUCAAGCAGGAACCGUUGACGGAGUACAUCAAACAGGAACCGCUGCAAGAGUACAUCAAACAGGAAUCCGCCGAGUAUACGGGCGAUGAGCUUCUCCGGAACGCGUUGCUGGGCAAAACCAAUCAUAACCACCACCAGAGGUACGGCGACAAGGACGUCAAGCCAUCGGUGUCGACCGCAUCGGACAGCCAAAACUCGUCGCCGGGACCGCAGUCGAUGCAAGAUGUCACGUCUUACCCGUCGACGUCCACCGUGGACAUGCAAGACGUGCUGGCGACUACCAGCACCUGCAGCAACGGCAUCAAUGGCAACACGAUCGUCAUGAUCGACGACGACAUGCCGUCGAUGUCGCUGCUGGUGGCCGGCGACGGGGCCUCCGCGCAGAACGUCGAUGAUCUCCUCUUGCCAGACUUUGACUUCCAAUACAUCGAUGGCCUGGACAGCGACAUGUCUCAGUCGUUCCAGCAGUACUGCCCCACUAGUCAGGGGUUCGUGUCCUUCAUCGCCGCCGAGGUGGCGAACAUAUCGCAAAUCCCGUCCACGGUGGUGCUGGACCACCGGGAACUGGAACAGGUGUCUACGUCGUCGUCGUCACCGCCCGUUCGACCGGCCAAGAAGUACAACCGUCGUUCACACCACGCCAACGGCAAAACGAAACAGUCGGCCGCCGGCGGCACCGGAACUUCGAUCGCCGGUUCCGGCGGCGGUGUGGGUGGAGGCGGUGGACCGGCUUCGGCGUCGGGUGACGACCAGCCAUCUGGGCAACCACCCGCCAAGAAAGAACGGUCGCUACACCACUGUCAUAUAUGCAGCAAAGGCUUCAAGGACAAGUACUCGGUGAACGUUCACAUACGCACCCAUACCGGCGAAAAGCCAUUCAUGUGCACCGUGUGCGGCAAGAGCUUCCGGCAAAAGGCUCACCUCGCCAAACACCAGCACACUCACACCACGCCCGCCAAACCGGCGCAAUCGCUGUCGUCCGUCACGCAAUCCGUCAAAGGCGGCAGCGGCGGCGGCGGCGGCAGGAGGUCCACGUCUAGAUAGCCCGGACUGCCGCCGACUGUCACCACCGAGUCACCGUCGUCACCAUCGCCACCACAACACUUACCAUCGACGCCACCACCAUUUACCACCAAUCAUACCAAUACCAACGUCCAAAACCACCACCAAAACCACCACCAUUGACCUCUGACCUAUAUUUCCUAAGGCAGCCCGGAAACGCGUCCAAAACGAACGAAAAAAACAGGACGCAUUCCUCAUCCGCGUUGUUGAAACUACAUCCGUUUCGUGCGCACUGCACACAAAAUAAAAUUAUUAUUGUUAUUAUUAUCGUAUUAAUAAUAUAAAUAAUAGUAAAAAUAAUAAUAGUUCUAUUAUUAUUUUUAUUAUACGUAUAUAAAGGCGAUUAUCGUGUGUGUGUACACACUACACACUAUACACACGCGUGCUUUAUUACGACGACUCGGCCAAUCUUUUUCUCCACCCGGAGAAAUCGUUUCUAAUGUGAUGAUUAAUAAGUUAACCUCAUUAAAGAAUAUUAAUGUAAUAAUAAUCGCUUUACGAAUCAAAAUAUUCAAAAGUAUUGUUUUUUUUUUACAUGUAACUUUUUUUUUUUAUAAUUUUUAAGUUUAUA